UUCUUGGAUCGGAAAGGCUAAAGAAGCUGUUGAAGCAAAUAAAGUAUUAUUUAUCAUAUUUGGUGGAUUGAUUAGUGGUGUAACAGUGGUCUGCACAUUCGUAAUUGGAAACAAUUGGAAGUUAAAAAAUGAAAUUGAUAUAUUAAAAGUAAGACAAGAAAAAGACAUUGAUGCAUUGAGAAAUGAAAUCAUCGCUAAGCUGGAAGGAUUGCGGGAUGUAAACCAUGUCUACAAUGCCAAUUGGGGUGCAAUUUUAAACAAAGAUGAAGUCGUAAUUCCUAAAGCA